GAUAAUGAAGUGUGAAAAAAAAAAGCUGAAAUAGAGUAUGUUUAUUGGCGCUGGAUACCACUGAUAUCUUCAUAUCUUCAACUUCAACUUCAACUGAAUUCUCCUCUAACCUUUCGGGUUUCAACGCGGUUCCCAGAUUUCUUGGAGGAAUCUAAAUUGCUGGCGAAGUGCAAAGUUUCCAGAUCUAGGGUUUUUCCAAUCCCUAACAAAUGUACAAUGGAAUUGGAUUGCAAACCCCUCGGGGUUCUGGAACCAACGGCUACACUCAAUCCAACAAGUUUUUCGUCAAGCCGAAGGUGAAUAAGGUUACCGAGAACACCAGGGGUUUCGAGCCUGGUCAGGGCACCGCCGGCCUCACCAAGAAACCCAACAGGGACAUCCUCGAGCAUGAUCGCAAGCGUCAGACCGAGCUCAAGCUUGUCGUCCUGGAGGACAAACUCACGGAGCAGGGCUACACCGAUGCUGAGAUUGCUGAGAAGCUUCUUGAGGCCAGGAAAGUGUUGGAAGCUGCUGCCGCUUCUGAUGAGAUCACUGUGCUCUCUGAAAAUAGGACCGAAACGCAGACACACCAAGUUGCUGCUAGGAAGGAAAAGCAGAUGGAGACCUUAAGAGCUGCUCUUGGGAUUAGCUCAUCUGAAUUGAACCAACAAAUUGAUGAGGGUGAGGGUACUGGUGAUGUUCCAAGAAUUGGUCAAAGGAGUGAUCAUGAGAAGCCACGUGAGAAGCGUGAACAUGCAUUUUUGGAUAGAGAUGCUAGGUGGAAGAAACGUUCUGAUGAUGAUUCUGAAUCUGGAAAAGAGGAUAAGAAAAAGGGUGCUAAGAAUGUUAAGAGUAAAAGAAACAAAGAAGAAGCCGACGAAUUUGAUGACCCAAGGAAAUGGAAGAAACAAGAAAAGAGGAGGAUUGAUGAUGAUGAUGAUGAUGAUGAUGAUGCUUCUGAUUCUUCUGAUACAGAUGAUAAUAGGGAACAUGCAAGAGGCACUCUGAAGAAAAACCAAAAAGGUCAAAGGAAUGACAGUGAAAGUGAAAGUGAUACUGGUGUUGAUACUGGCAAGAAGAAUAGGAAGACAAAAUCUACAAAGAAGCACAAUAGAAGCAGACGGCAUGACACUGAUGAUUCUGAUUCAGCUAGCAGCACUGAUGAUUCUGAUUCGGCUAGUGAUGAUGCUGCUGUCAAGGUUGCUGGCAAAAAGGAUGUUCACAGGCAGAAAAGGUCUCAUAGGAAGCGUAAUUUAGAUUCAGAUGAUAAUUCUAGUCUUGAUGGACGAUCAUCUAGACAAAAGACAAAAUCCACAGAGGGGCACCGUGUGAGCAGAAGACAUGACUCUGCUGAUUCUGAUUCUGCUAGUGAUUAUGAUGGUACCAUCAAAGUUUCUUCCAAAAAAGAUGCUAGCAAGAGCAAACGGGCUCAUGGGAGGCAUGACUCAGAUGAUAGUUCUAGCAAUGAUGAAGAACUGUCUAUGCACAAAAAUCAGAAGGGAAGUCAUCAUGAGCGAACAAGGCGACAGCAGGAUUUUAAGGAUGACUCUGAUAAAGAUGGUUGGAGAGAAAAGAAAAGUUCUGAAGUUAGAAGACAUAAGGGUGAGCAUACUGGGGGCCGCAGGGGAGAGCAAGAUGGCAUAGAUGGUGGAUCUGACAGAGCAAGAAAGAACAAGGACCUGAUAAAACGAGGUCAUGGUACAGAUGAUAGUGAUUCUGAUAGAGGAACUUAUACAAAGGGAAAAAAGGUUACAGAGAAGGGUAAGAGGAAGCUUGAUGAUGGUUACAUUGAUCAGCAGCCAGAAUCAAAAUCAAGGACCCGGAAUAUCAGAAAAGAUGUGGGGUACAAGAGGAAUAAACUGGAGGAUGCUAAAUUUGACACUGAAUCAUCUAGAGCUUAUAGGGAAAGGGAUGACAGUAGAAGAGACGAUUUCUCUAGGCCUAUUAAAUCUAGAACAGACCAUGAUGGUGAGAAUGGUGGACGAGAAGGAAGGAUUCACAGUAAGGAUAAUGGAACAGAAAGUGAAAACAGAUGGGACAGGGAUUAUGAAGACCAUAGAGGCAGUAGAAGGCAUGGCAGGGAUGAAGAGGAGCAUAGAGGGAGAAAGCGCAUCAGAGAUGAAGUGGAGCAUGAAGAUAGAGGCCAUAAAAAAGAUGAUGAGGAGCCACAAUAUGGAAGCAGCAGAAGAGAAAGAAGAUGGGAGGAAGAAGAGCACAGAAGUAAGGGUCAUGAGAGGGACAGACAAUUAGAUUAUUCCAAGAGAGCUAGACGUGAUGACUUUGAAUCAAGUGAGGGAAAAUUUCAUGGAUAUGACAGGAGUGAUGAUCGCAGGUCCAGACGUUGAGACUAUAUUAACUGAUGAUGGCAAUUCCUUGCAGCAUUGGUUUUAAGCAUCCAAGUCUGGGGGGAAUCGGGCCAAAACUAGGAGUUGAGAGUUUGUGGGACUUAAAGUCAUUUAGUCUUUUCAGUUUGGUCGUAUCUUGUAUUUUGCCUAUUUUCUCUUAUUGUCAGAUAUUGUCGUUUCAAGGUGAGUUCAGUACCACCUCCUUAAGCCCAUAAAUGGUCGACAAUAUUUACAGCAGUCAUUGUAAGGUAGUUUUGAGAACUUAUGCAAUACAAGUUGGCUGUUUAAAUAUCAUUUCAUGAAAAUAGCAGGAAAUAAGAGAGAACACUGUAAGGGAGUUGAGCACGGUGAAUACUUGGACAGUAAAUGGGGCGCUGGCGGAACCGUGUUGAGCUGCAAGUCUAGCGAGACUGCCAAAUGGUUCACAAAAGCAAUAUCGGAAUGAUGUUCCUUGACUCCGUAAUACAAGCCUUAUUAGCAUAUCCCCAGUUAUAUAGCAAGUCCUCGCUGCACGUACUAGUGGCCUUAUUUAUAUCUUGUUUGGCAAAUUUAAUCACUUUAAUGCCCUUUAGAUCAGCAACCUUUUUGUACCAGGGCAAAAUAUCUUUGAACUUAAUUUUCCAGAGAAGAUUUCCUUGCCUCUACAUGGUCUUGUAAGGGGCGCAUUACGUCUAUCAAUUGACUUUCUUCCAUCAAUUUUGAAUAAAGUUUAGUUGCUUAU